AUGCAGUUCUUCACCCGCAUCACCGCGCUCGCUGCAGCUGCAGCCCCUUUCCUGGCCCAAGCUGCUCCCGUUGUGGCGCCUCCAGCAAACGAGAUUAUCCCCGGAAAAUACAUCGUUCAGCUGAAGCCUGAUACCGACGUUGCAUCUAUCGCAGCCCACCACAACACUGUGCGCAGCAUACAUGCCCGCAAUCUGGCUCGACGAGGCGACGAUGGUCCCGUUGGUGCUCCAGUGGACCGCGAGUACGGAUUUGGCGACUUCAAAGCCUACGCUGGGUCGUUCGAUGAGACUACCGUUGAAGAGCUGAAGGCUCUCCCUGAGGUCCUCACCAUCGAACCGGACUUUAUCGUGAGGAUCAACGCGGUGGUGACUCAAGCGAACGCACCGUGGGGUCUAGCCAGCAUAUCAUCCCGUACUCCAGGAGCCACUUCCUAUGUGUAUGAUGACACUGCGGGCAAGGGCACCUUCUCCUACGUUAUGGACACUGGUGUUCGUAUCAGCCAUAGCGACUUCGAGGGACGAGCAACUUGGGGCUACAAUGCUGUGAGAGGCACCGCCGACGCCGACAACGAAGGCCAUGGAACGCAUGUAGCUGGAACCGUGGGUGGCGCCAAGUACGGUGUUGCUAAGAAGACCAACAUUAUCGGCGUCAAGGUUUUGGACAGUGACACCGGAAGCGCAUCAGAUGUCUUCGCCGGAUUUGACUGGACGGUCAACGACAUUGUUUCCAAGGGCCGCCAGAACACCGCCGUCAUCAACGUCUCGCUUGGCUCUUCCGCGUCAACAACAUGGGAUGCCGCCAUCACUGCAGCCUGGAAGAAAGGCGUUCUCGUCGUGACAUCGGCAGGAAACGAGGAUUCUCCUGCUAUCAACAGCUCGCCAGCUCGCUCCCCUGAAGUCAUCUGUGUUGGAAACAUCGAAAUCACCAAUAAGAGGCACAGCGGCGGCGGAGGCUCCAACUACGGCGCUGCGGUCGACAUCUUUGCUGCUGGAACAAACAUUGUAUCGGCAUCCAACCUGGGCGACACAGAGACGAGGACGCUGACUGGUACUUCCAUGGCAUCUCCUCACGUAGCGGGCUUAGUUUCAUAUCUGCGUGGUCUCGAAGGACCAUCGACUGCUGCUGAUGUCAAGGCGAGGGUGUAUGCGCUAGCUACGCCCAAUGUCGUGACGGACCCCAUGGGCUCGGUGAACCUACUUGCGUUCAAUGGUAACAGCAGGGUGACUACCGCAGGCAGCCCGAGCAACGGUACCGAAGAUACGAGCGAGGGUACUGGAAUCCAGAGCAAGGGUGUUGUAAGCCCAGGCAACGGCACAGCAGUACCUUGCAACAGUACUGUCGAAGCACGGAGCUCAUGGAAGCUGUGUAAAUCCAGUGAUACGCGCGACGAUUUCGAAGCCCGUGAACUUACCCAAGAAGUCACUACUACCGUCACCGCCUCCAAGACGCGCCUCGAUGACGAUACUACUGUUGUCUCGGCAUAUUCACAAAGUGUGAUAGACCCAGUGAGCAAGGUCAACGAGAACGAGUCUCGACUUCGGCGUGAACGUGACGCUGCUCUUUGCACCGUUGGCGAACAGAAGCGAAAGCUGAAUAAUCUGUACACCAAGAUCGGACAGCUUUGGGAGGAGAAUGAUGCCCUCAAGGAGAACACUACGACCUCGAAGGACCAAGAGAAGAGUACUGAAGAGCUUUGCGUAGCAUGCAGAGUGAAAGACACCGAGAUCGCUCAUCUUCACGAACAAUUCGACUCUGCAGAAGCCAAGACCGAUCCCGACGAGGACGCCGCACAGGCCGGAUUACGUAUCGCAUAUUUUGAAGCAGAGGAAGAUUUGCGGACCAAAGACCUCGCGCACGCCGCGGAGAUAGCGAGGAUUAAAGAAGAGCAUGGUAUCCUCGCGACUCGCCUCCGCGAGGAAGUGCGUAAUGCUCGCACGACCACCAACAAAGAGCACGCAGAGAAGCUAUGUACGCAGGAACAGCUUUCCAACAUCAUGCAAGAGCUCUCCGACACCAAAAAGCAGCUCUUCGACUCGGAAGAGCAGUAUCGGAUACUCUACGAUAUGAUACCUAAGCCGGGAGGAGGUAGAAACACAAAGCCGCCGCCUCCAAUCAUGGCACAAUCUAGUCAAAGAGGAGACGUGGAUGUCUCUGCGUCUUCAAUACCGCUAUCUUCCAGGCUUCGGUCAAGAGAUCUCCUCGCGGGGUCCGAGACUCCACCUACAUUCACCCUUGAUAAGCGUACGCACAAACUCGACCCAGACCAGUUAUCAACACAGCGAGCGAAAAAGAGGAAGAGAAAGUCGUUUUUCACACAGCUGGGGAAAAACGAUCUCUUCAUUGCGGACGACAUACCUUGGCUAUUCUGUGUCGCGGGCGAAGAUGGAACCAGUUAUCACACGCUCGACGAACUAUCCCCCGACGUCCAAGAGAUUCUCACAGAAGACUUCCAAUACUGGUUCAGCGCAAGUAACCACGUCCAAUACGCACGAGCGGAUAGGUCCCGCCAUAAUACCUAUGCUAGGAUGGUCAAGGAAGGCAACCGGUUAGCGAAUGUGGGAAGAGGCCUACUGGGUAAGGAAAAGGCCGUCAGCAAUUGA